CAAUAGAAAGGAAUACUGGUAUGUAAUUUAUUACAAUUUAUUUAAUACUGGCUGUGUAAUUAGAAGUAAAUCUUGUAUCACACAAUGCACUGUAUGCUUAUUCAUUCAUUUCAGUACUUGCUCCAGAUGAACAAUUGCCACCUUGAAAAAGCCAUAAUGGUUUCCACUAAGGUUAGCCCACAAGAUACACACUACAAUGCAAGACUCAAGUCUUCUGUAGCAUCUGCUUCCCCAUCAACAUCACUUUGUUCACAACAGUCUAAAUGCAGUAGCUGUAGCUAUGCUGCAAGUUUCUACAAAAGUGUUAUAAGUAACGGUAUUUUAUACAAUGACUCAAGAGGUCUGCAUGAUUCUUCUGUAUUACACAGUUCUGUAAAGAAGUUUGGUGAAACUAUGUGGUUUGAGUAUUUAAAUACUGCCAUUGAGUGGCAGAUUGAAAGAUUUGUUGAGAAGGACAAGAAAAUGAAAGACAGGGCAGCUCUUUUUAAAGGCAGUUUACAUAAGAUAGUGAAAAAAAAUUUAUAUUCUUUAAAUGGACAACGCUAUGCCACAAUGAAGACUGUGUAA